AUGACGACACUCGAAGAACAGGGUGCAGGAUUGGUAAAGCGACAUCCCGCCUGCGCUGCUUGCAACAGGUCGAAACGAAGAUGCAGUCGACAAUCGCCAACUUGUCGCCGAUGCCGGGUGCAAAACCUUGUCUGCGUGUACCCGGCCGCAGUGCCUCCCGACAGGCUUCCUCACUCGCCUCAAUCACUGACACAGUCCGCAGCUGAGUCCCCAUCUGACUUGUCAGCAGGCGAGCAUGCCCGUUUGAAUGCGGGGGACAGCUCUUUUUUUGUACCCCACCCGGCUGCGACCGUAGAUCAGCUGUCGGGCGAGAACCCCAAUUAUGAUGCAGCCUCUUGGUUCUUGAACCAAUCUUCAUGGGAAAUCGACCAUGUGCACAUCGGAGAAGAUAACCGCAUCACGUAUCCCGACUCUGGGCUCGAAUGCUUCCUCAACCAACUGAGACUAUGGCUUGACCAGUGGACGCGAGAGAACCACUGCCCGUUUGUGCACCCCCGCCUGUACGGAGCGGACAUCUCGAGCCAUCUGCAGCAUGCCCUCGCGGCUUGGCAAGUGUACCGGGCGGCCGCAAGCCCGACCAGUCGGAGAAUCGCGCUGCGGAUGGCGACAGACUGGUCCGGGAAUCUGAUUCGGGAAACAAGCUUGGCUGAAAACCUGCUGGGAGCUGCUGCAAUACCAAACCUGAUGGAACAACUGGCGCGCGUGCAGGCUCUCCUCGUCUUCCAGGUCAUUGGUCUGUUUGAUGGCGAUGUGCGGGCCCGCGCGCACUCCGAGGCCAUCCUGUCGACGCUUGCCACCUGGGCCGAUGCGCUCCUCCAAACCGCGGCCACUGAGGUUGCGACGAACGCCCUGGAUCCUGAUCCGACGAUGCUCUUGAAUCAGCCGUCAAUCACACAGCUGCGAUCGGACGGCACGCCAAGCUCCGCAUGGAGGGCAUGGAUACUGUCCGAGUCCAUCCGCCGUGUAUGGAUCGUGGCCGCAUUGACCGAGGCGGCUUUCCUGAUCAUGAAGCAAGGAUUUGCCACAUGUCCAGGGAGUAUAGGAUUCACGGGGAGAAGCGGCAUCUGGGAGGCGUCGUCGCCAGCAGAAUGGAUAGCGAAUCUAACCAGGCAGAGUCGGACACGACAUCCGGUGUUUUGCCGGGGUCUCGACCGGCUACUCGAGGAGGCUGGACCGUCUGAUGUCGACGAGUUCACGAAAGCGCUCCUUGCAUACGGGCGCGGGGCAGAGGUUUUGGCGGACUGGAUGUCGUUUGGGUAG